AUGCCACGCCCAGUAGAAGAAAGCAUCAUAGCCAUCUUCUCCAUCGGCCAAAUGGGCCUCGGCAUCGCCAAACUCCUCCAAGCGCACAAAUACCACGUCAUCACAAACGUCAGUGACCGCAGCGCAGCAACAAAAGCCCGAGCCUUGUCCGCCGGCAUCCAGCUCUACGAUACCGAUGAAGAAGUCAUUAGGGAGGCAGAGUACUUCAUAAGUAUCGUACCGCCACUCGAUGCAAUCGCAACUGCCGAGCGCGUACGCAAUGCCUGGGCAGGCUCGAAAAGGAUUGGAGCACGAAAAUUGUAUUAUUUGGACUUAAAUGCGAUUAGCCCUGCGACGGCGAAAAAGAUAGCAGGAAUAUUUGAGCCACCAGAAUACGAUGUGCAAGUUGUCGAUGGAGGCAUCAUUGGAGGUCCGCCAGCUCCUUCAAAGCAAGACCCAUCUGGCUGGACGAGACCUGGGAUCCCUCUCUCAGGUCCCCGUUCACUAGAGAACUGUGGCAUGUUGGGCUGGGAAGUGAUGAAAAUCCUGAAUGCAAAGCAUAUUGGCCCAGAGAUCGGCACAGCGUCGGGGUUAAAAUGUUGUUUCGCUGCUAUAAGUAAAGGCUUUACUGCACUGGCGUUGCAAUCUUUUACCACAGCAUCUAGUCUCGGGGUGCUGGAGCACCUGAAAGAAUACAUGGAUCUGUAUAAUCUUAAUGCGCGGCAGAAAGCUGAGAAGAAUAUUGUGGGAUGUACGGGCAAGGCGUAUCGUUGGGUGGAGGAGAUGAAUCAGAUAGGCGAGUGUUUUAGCACAGAAGGCGCGUGGCAGGAUCAAGCGUGUGUGUUUCGAGAGAUUGCGAGUUUGUUUCAGGGGCUGGCUGAUGUUGUUGAGGAGAAUGGGGGCCAGGGUAUGAAGAACGACGAGGAUGUUGUUGAGGCGUUGGGUAAGAAAUUACAUUCGAAAUCGUGA